AGCAUGCAACAGGAACAUAUAGCUACAGGUCGACACUAUUACAAGUCGCUGGUAUCCCGCUGGAGCUGGUCUGUGCUUCUCAUGGGUGCUUCUGUGUGCCGGGCCGGCCGCUCGCUCCUGUCCCGUCACAGCAGGGCCGGUCACAAGGGCUCUCUGAUGGGGGGGGAUGACUCUCUGGACGGUCUGGACAGACAGGAGGACAUCGCCCAGUUCCCCUAUGUGGAGUUCACGGGCCAAGACAGCAUCACCUGUCCAACCUGCCAGGGGUCCGGACGCAUCCCUUCAGGGCAGAUGAAUGAGUUAGUUGCUCUGAUCCCCUACAGCGAUCAAAGGUUACAGCCGAGGAGAACGAAGUUGUAUGUGGUGCUGUCAGUGAUUUUGUGUCUGCUGGCGUCUUCUUUGGUGGCGUUCUUCCUGUUUCCACGUCCUGUGCUGGUUGUUGAUGAUGGCAUUCGCUCUGUGACCGUGCACUUUGAUCGCAACAACAGCAAAGUGAUCAUCAACAUGACGAGCUCUCUGAACUUCACCAACUCUAAUUUCUUCACGGUGUUGGUGGACAGUGUGAGCUGCCAGGUGCUCUACAUGAAGACGGUCAUCGGAUCUCGACAGCUAGACAACAUCAUCCACAUCCAGCCUCUCAGCCAGAGACAGGUCAACUUCACCGUCAGUAUGGAGAUUGGAGGAAGUCUCUCUUACGUUUAUGCCUUUUGCACCAUGGCAAGCAUCAAGGUCCACAACAUUGUGGUGUUUCUCCAGACCUCUGUGAAAACCUCCUACAUGGUGCGGGCGGCGCAGAACACGCUGGAAGCUUACCGCUACAUCGACUGUGGCGCUAACUCCACCAUCCACCAGCCCUCAGGACUGGUGUGGUCUAAACCUCACCUCCCUCCGGAUGGGAAACCGCUCCGGUGAAGCAUCGGCCGGCGGACGCUCUGAUUUCCCGUGGCAUUUCAUCAGUUUGACUCCAAAUUUUGUGCUGCACUGAAGCUAAACUCAUUGACCAGAGCAUCAUUGCAGAUAAUGAUGGUGUGAUAACUACUAAUUGAAAAACAAAGUCUUAAGCUGUAAUGUUAAUCUAUAGUCUAAUAAGGGUGUUAUAGAAUUCUGCAGUGAUUGAUAAAAAAGGUGGCCUCAUUCAUGGGUUGUCAAUGAUGAGGUGCACCUUUUAUGUAUGAAGCUGUUCUGUGAAAUAUUUUGUUCAUUCUUGAUUAAGUCUUAUGCAAAUACCAAGAGUCAGAUCAAGUGACAUGCAUGUGUGUAUGUUCUCACAGGGUUUGAUUUGUUGUGAAGUGAAAACUGUUCAGACUGCAGUGUGGUACUGAGAAUGAGGGAACGGUUACAAAACAGUAGUUUGCUUCUGUGAUGCCACGAAAACUGGGACUGAGGACAUCAGAUGUACAAUAGCAGGAUGUUUUGUUCUCACUCAAACAUUGUUUUUGACCAUGAGAAUCAGCUUACUGGUUUA